AUGGUAACUCCAACGCAAAGGAAAAAACAGCGUUCCAAUCAACCUCGAUUGACGAGAAAGAAUCACAACAAAAAAGCAAAAGCAAAACUUUAUGGUAAUGGUAUUGUUCGUGAGAAUUGGGAUAUACAUGCUACAUUAACGCAGAAUUACGAGCGAAUGGGUCUUGUAGUCACUCCCAAUUAUGUUACGGGUGGUAAAGAAAAAAUCAACCCAGAUCCCAAACCUGAAACGAAUAAAAACAAGGGCGAACCUACCGAAGACGAGUUAGAAGAACUUCGUAAAAGCUUGGGUCCUGGAGAGGCUAUUGUUCGAAGAGAUGAUGAAGGAAAUAUCAUUGAAAUUAUUCAUGGUAAAGAGCGUACUUUUGAUGAUAUUCUAGAUGAAGAUGUGAAAGCUGUCCCGGCCAAGACUGAAGUCACAAGGAAAUUAGAAGAAGAAGCCUCACGGAAAGAUAAACCUCGUAAGAAACUUCCCUUGAGUGCCUUUGAGUUGUCUUACAUGACUAAACUACUAAAGAAGUAUGGCCCCGAUAAUUUCGAGAGCAUGUCAAAAGAUAUGAAGUUGAACCCGAAACUCAUAAGCUCUGCCAAGCUUAAGCAAAUGUACAGCCGUAUGCAAGCAUAA